AUGCUAGGGCCGUGUCCAGUCCUUCAUAGAAAACUGAGAGAACUUGGAGAGAACCAUGGCUUAUUGCGAGUUGUUGUGGACAGUGGUGGCUGCGCCGGAUUUCAGUACAAGUAUGAAGUUGACAAAAAGCUGAGCAAUGACGAUAUCAUCAUUGAACAUUCCGGUGUGAAAAUUGUUGUCGAUCCUCAAUCGAUGCAAUUCCUCGAGGGUUCUAAACUCGAUUACGAAGAAGAGUUAAUCAGAUCCGGUUUUCGAAUAAUUCACAAUCCUCAGUCUGAGAAAGGGUGUUCAUGUGGCUCCUCAUUUACUGAUUCAAAGACCGAAGCUGGGGAGAGUUGUUGCCUUGAAACAGGAAUUGUUGAUAUGGAGCUCUCAAAAGAAACCACUGAAUCGGCUUCGAGGGAGAUUUCAGAAUCACAGACUACUACUGAACUGGUUGAGUCUUUUGUAAUGGUAGCAAAAGAAAACACUAGUGAAACUUCUCUAAUUCUAUGUGAUGGUUCUAGUCCCCGUUUAAAACCUUACGAUGCUGAUGCUCUGAUGAGCGAGUCACUCACUGAAGAGCCUGUUGAGACGGCAGAGGAGUCCGUGGAUAAAAUAUCUGGGGAUUAUUGGAAAGAUUAUGUUAUUGACUGGACUUUUUCUAAGCCAAAGCUCUUCGCGACAAUUAAUAAAGAGUUUUCUUGUGAUUCUCAUGGGACGCGUCUGCACAAUAACUACCUUCGUGGGUGCAAGUGGUCUCCAGAUGGGUGCUGCCUACUCACUCUCAGCUUUGACAAUGUAUUUCGACUGUUUGACUUUCCACCAGCUGUGGAGAGUAGCGAUGAGAAACUUAGUAUCGACACGGAUCCGCUGAGCGCAGAGAUUCCUGUCGUGCUGCGAAUGCCUGAAUGUGAACUCGUUUACGACUAUUGCUGGUUUCCAUAUAUGCGAUCUGACGAUCCUCCCACCUGCUUUUUUGUAAGUACUGGUAGACGAAUGCCAGUUCGUCUAUGGGACGCUUACGACGGCUCUCAAAGAGCCACCUACCUGCCCAAUAACCAUUUAGGAGAGUUCACAUCACCGCAAAGUGUCGCUUUUUCCUCAGAUGGCAGACUAUUGUACUGCGGCUUCCGCCGUUAUAUACAGAUUUUCUAUGUCGAUAGACCUAACGCUAGCUCGGAACGUCGACCACCAUUAGGACCGCCUUUGUUUAAUGCUUCUGGCGGGGCUACUGAAAAUAUCUACGCAGUAGGCACCUUCAGUGGUACUGUAGCCGUCUACUCGGAGUUGGGGGGUGGUGAGGCCGUCUCGCCCAUCCUUCAAGGACCUCGAAGGGGUAUCAGUCAAGUCCAAUUUGUCACUCCGGUUUCUGGGGUUGUGCCUUGGUAUCUCAUCGCUGGUGGCCGUUCGGAUGGAACAAUGUACGUGUGGGAUUCGCGCUUUAUGAAGUCCGAGACGCCACUAGCUGUCCUAUCCCGACGGGUUGAAAACUACCAGCGCUUUCAAUUUGAUGUGGAUAUGUAA